CUCACGUCCCUCUUAUUCUCUCUCCUCUGCCCCCUUUACCCUUCAGGGCAGCUGCUUUUGCAGAGAAGAAUCGUGGCAAGGUGGUUGGUGGCUUACCUGAUGUGGUGACCAUAAUGGAGGGCAAGACCUUGAAUCUGACCUGCACGGUGUUUGGAAACCCUGACCCUGAAGUGGUGUGGUUCAAGAAUGACAAGGACAUCGAGCUCAGCGACCACUUUUCCGUCAAGGUGGAGCAGGCCAAGUACGUCAGCUUGACCAUCAAGGGCGUGACCUCUGAGGAUUCGGGCAAGUACAGCAUGAACGUCAAGAACAAGUAUGGAGGUGAGAAGAUCGACUUGACCAUCAGCGUGUACAAACACGGGGAAAAGAUCCCAGACGUGUUGCCGCCCCAGCAGGCCAAGCCAAAGCUCAUACCAGCGUCCACCUCCGAAUAAAGGGAGUAGCCGCUGGAGUUGGAAAAGAUGCUUGAAAGUCAUAGGAAUGCUGUGUGCUCGUUCCAGAGGAGGGACGACGGUCUGAGUGAUGU